AUGUUGAGGAUAGUAUCAGUGCCAAAUUUAGGUUCAGGUUCUGUUUGUCGUCUGCAAUAUAUUGCUGUUGUUGACGGUGACAGGUAUCGGCAGAGUAGGUUGUUGUUUCUCUCGUCAAGGAGCAUAUAUUGUAAACAAAGAAGUAGUAAACAUGUAACAGUAUUAUUAUACCACCACUAUGAAUCCCCUGUAUUGGACAAAUACGCGAUCUAUGGAAGGGGAAAAGAUGCACGAUUCAUUCGUCUGAUGGCAAUGGGAAUGAUGAACACCCAUCGUGAUUGCAGCCACCGUAUUAGUAGUAGUAGUACUACAACCACUACUACUACUACUACUACUACUACUACUACUAACUACUAUCACUAA